AUGUUUCUGGAGAUAUUAGCACUCCCAUUAGAAUCGGUAGCUCCGGUAGUCAAAAACGUAUCGACUCCACAUCAAAGAAAUUCGAUUAAACCUUUGGAAACUACAAGAUCGGAAACGACAUUGGCUAAAGACUAUAGUGCAUUGAUCGUAAAGAAUUUUAACUUAGAAUUCUCGGGAAUAUUCGAUGAAGAAGACAUGAAUCCACAUGCGCGAUUUACAGAAACAGAUUAUGUCAUGGCUAUCGUCAUUAAUGAAAACGAAUUGUUUUCAUAUUUUGACUCUGCUUUCUUACGUAAUUGGGCGAAUCCUGAACAUUGGAAGAUAAAAAUAACUAAUAAAAAUAAAGGAACUUCAGAAAUUGAAGGAGAAAAGGACCGGUCUAACUCGAAACGCCAAUAUGAAGCACAGCCCGAACCCGAGUCCGAUGAUGGUUGGUCGCUUUUAUAA